AUGGCAACGGCUGGCAGUGACGAUGCCGAUGUUGAACAUGUGUUCCUUUUCGUGAACCCGCUGUCGGGUGGCCAAGUUGGGGCGGAGCUUCUCGAAAUACCGCAGCCCUUCAGCAUUCCGAUCCCUCUGACGACAAGACGUGCUCGAUUGCAUGUUUUCAGUUUGUUGGAAGGAAUUGCUGGCAACAAGCAAGGCUUUCAUGUUAUGAGGGACACCCUGUCCACAUGUGACAUGGUUCGUGUUUUUGUCGGUGGAGGCGAUGGCACGGUCAUGUGGGUGGUUCAGGAAGCUGAACUUCACCACAUCAACCCUCAGAGAAUGCAUAUCGGCAUGGUGCCACUGGGAACAGGGAAUGAUUUUUCGCGAUCGUUGGGCUGGGGUGGUCGGAAUCCUGAUGCCAGCGCGCUGCUCAAAGACGACUGUGCGUUGCUGAAGCAGCUGCUGAAGGAUUGGCUCAAGGCUCCAACUUCUCUUCAUGAUGUUUGGAAGGUCACACUCAAGGUCGAUGCAGAAGAUGGCACCAUCUAUAGAAAAGACGCUCCUGUGAGAAAAGAUGGACAUGAUGUCAAGGAGUUGGAGACCUUUAUGAUUUUGUAUUGUGGUAUUGCCAAGGAUGCAGAGCUGGCCUACAAUGUCGAACUCAAUCGGACGAAGAGCCAGUUCUUGAAUAAGCUUGUCUACAUCUGGCAAGGUUUGAUGAUUUCCCUGCAUUUCUUUUGUUGUGUCGGCCAGCGCGUCCACAGAGUUCUUCGAGGACUCUACCAUGGCACAUCGCCGCAGGCACCCUCAGUUUUUGAGGUUGGCCUUCGCCACAAGGGGCCCAGGCUAUAUAGUAAUCCUGAGAUGAUCUUGUGCCUGAACAUUGAUUCCUACGCUGGCGGGACCGCCCGCCAUUUAUGGAGCAGUUCAUGGCGAUAUGGCACUUCGCAGCCGCUGUGCGAGGACUUGUUGGAUGCUGAGCAAGACCCCUCGGAUGGUCAGCUGGAGGUGUUGACGCUCUCCAGGCUGCUGCGGGCCGCCAUGCCAACACAGAAAGUACUUGGUGGCAGGCGUGUGUUCCAGGGAGCUCCUCUGCAUUUUGAGUUCAAGCAGCGAAACUAUCGGGACGUCAUAACUUUUUUUCAAGUGGAUGGCGAAAGCUACAAGCUUCAGAAUCCGAUCUCACUGACGAUCCAGCAUCAUCAGCAGAUCCGAGUGCUUUCCAAG